AUGUCAGAGCAAAUCGACGACCAGAUCCGAAAACCCAGUCCUUACGACUAUCGCACGCAGGAGAUCCACAGCGUCGUGGUGCUCCUGGGAUUGUCCUUCUUCGGCUACAUUUGGGGUUUCACAGGAAUGUUCCUGUCGGUGCCGCUCCUCUUCGCGAUGCAUGCCUGGCUAGACACCGUCGUUCGCACCCAGUCCUACCAACAGGAGGCGCGUGAAGAUGCGCGCUUCAUCAUGGGGAUGCUCGAGGGCCGCUGGCUGGCAGACAGUGCCCAGGACGUGGGCGAGAAGGGCAACCAGAACGAUGUGAACCUGCUGACGGGAAACAUCGAGGAGGCCGACGAGGAAGGUCGGCCGAUUGAGAUGCCGUCUUCCCGUGACCAAGACAGGAGUCUCAGCGGUCCCGUACAGGCGACGCAUUCCACUGAUUCAAAGCAGCAGCCCAUGAUCGAGUCGGACCUGUUCCGGGACAUGAAGGACAUGCUCGCUGUGCGCGAUCCUACGACCGGCGAGGUGCGAGCCGUUGCUCUGCUCUUGCGCUGGAUCUUCCUCACAGGCAUGUUUACCUUCAUUUUCUUCGGCUUCUCCAUCUUCCACUGGCACCUGCACUACUUGAUCCACCCUUCCGGGGGCGCGGCAAAGACAAACGCGACCCAUGUAACCGACCCGGCGGACACUGUGAUCAAGCACACGGAGGUGCUCAGCACGUCCCAUGCACAUGCAGAGGGCGCCGGCUUUCUGUUCACGACGACUGUGGUGUCCACGGUCGCGGAGGUCGAAAAUAGCUCUGCGCUGCCCUCCUUUCCCUUAAACGGCACUGCGAUGCCCUCGUUUCCCUUCAGGGGUUCGCCAGAACUCCACAGCGGAGUAAGCCACCACGAUGCCAAAGGCGUUCUGGGACGGCAGUUUUUGGGAUGCUGUCUUCGCUGGAGUCUGGGUGUAUAG